CGUAUUAAGGUUAUUUAUCAAUUUUCAAAGCUCUCGGGCUUGUAUAAAAAUCAGAAAAUCAGUUUUAUCAAAGAUGUGGUGAUCUCGUGCCGAUUAAAUUCCUUUCGGUUUUAUAUAUUCCAUAAUUACACCACAAAUACACCGUGAUUAGAACAACAGAAAUUGUAUAAUGUCGUAGUAUUUUAUAUUCUUUUGUGUGUAGAUUCACCGCUUCGUCUUUUAUAAAUAACAUAUUGAAGUAGUAAUAUUCUUUAUACAUUAAUUAGGAAAACUUGAAUAGAAACGAUAGUAAUAAGUAUACAAAAAUGAGUUUGUUAACAAAUAUUAGACGAAAGGUUCUUUUGUUACUCGUCUUUUUCGUGUUGUAUUCUGUGUGUUUUGCUGAUGGAGGUGUUCAAGAACUGCCACCGGGUGUUCAGCCUCUGGAAACGGACGAAGUUAAACCUACAGAGGCAGGAGAAGCAGCCAAGAAGGAUAGUAACGGAAAACUGAUCAAUCCAGAAAAUGUCGGUUUCAUCCACGCCUUCGUGGCCAGCUUGUCCGUCAUUCUUGUGUCCGAAAUCGGGGACAAGACCUUCUUCAUUGCAGCUAUUAUGGCCAUGAGGCAUCCCAGACUUACCGUGUUUGGCGGUGCCAUAUCGGCCUUAAUACUGAUGACCAUCCUCUCAGCGUUAUUUGGUUGGUUGGUGAACGUAAUACCUAGGGCGUACACGUAUUAUAUCAGCACAGCUCUAUUCGCGAUUUUCGGUCUGAAAAUGCUGAAAGAAGGAUGUUCAAUGUCACCUAAUGAGGGUCAGGAAGAAAUGGAAGAAGUCCAAAUGGAACUUAGGAAUAGGGAGGAACAGAUAGAAAGGGGCUCGAACUCCGGCGAUGCCGAAGCGGGGGCUACGAACCGCAGGCCUAAACCCACCAGUCCGCUGACCGUCAUCCUCAGGAUAUUCCUGCAAGCGUUUACCUUAACUUUCUUGGCGGAGUGGGGCGACAGAUCUCAGCUAACUACGAUUAUUCUAGGUGCCAGAGAGAACGUUUAUGGUGUUAUAUUAGGAGGUGUUAUAGGACACUCGUUAUGUACUGGAGUUGCAGUAUUAGGGGGCAGGAUGAUUGCCCAGAAAAUUUCCGUCAGAACUGUUACGAUCAUCGGCGGAAUUGUGUUUUUAGUAUUCGCCGUAUCGGCGCUGUUCUUCGACCCCAACAUGGGUGAAAAAUAGUUGUUACCCUCACUGAUUUAACUAGGAUCGGCCAGAAAUUAGAAAAGCAAAAGCGACAAACCUUGAAAAUUUUGCCUUGAUAUUAUUUUCCAAAUAAACGUUUUAGAAUAAUGUAUAUAUAAAACAACAAAUACACUAAGUGGGUAAAAAAUUGCGUCACCUCAAAAGUUUAUUUUAUUUGUUUUUGACACUGACAAAAUGUUAAAACAAAUAUUUGUAUUUUUUUUGGUGAAUUUUUAUUCUUAAUCACAAAAGGUUAGUUUUAUUUAUUUUUGGAUAAAUGUUGAAACGAAUAUUUUAAAUUUUUAUUUUUUAUGACAGGUUAUGCAUGUUGUCACUCUCCAAAUAAACUAGAGUCUGUCAAGGAAAGAUUUCGGCAGACGACAUUCAAAAAUUUACUUGUGAAUAAAAAU